AUGCCUCUUGAGCAGAAAGAAUUCUCCCUCCCGCCACCACAUCCACCGCCUGGGACGCCUGUUGACCCGGACGCAGUGAGGCCAUGGCACUCAAUAGGGCCUGGAAUUUGGGAAUUGCUGCUCAAUGGCAGCAGAGAUUCAGAGGAGAAGUCUGUCCUCCAGUGGUACGAGCCAAAUGCAGUAUCCGUUACCGACGGCGCAAUAACUCAUCCUUAUGUCGAAGAAGUUUGUCUCCUCCAGGGAGGUCUCGAGGAUCUCACACUGAGGCAGGCCUGGUCGACAGGGGCAUACGCAUACCGCUAUCCGGGCAUGGAACACGGGCCGUACAAGGCUUCGCCCACGGGUUGUUUGAUGUUCGUCAAGUUAUUAUCUGCGAGCAGACCUGUGGACCUAUCUACUUGA